AUGGCCAACCCUGCUCAACUGUUCCGCACCUUGCCGGACGCCAGCCUCUUCGGCUUCCCUCCUGCCAAUGCCCCGGUGCCGAUCUCUCCCAUGGCUGUCCCGGCCUCGAUCAUGCGCCCCUUCAAUAUCCCCGACCACAUCUUUGUUGCUGCGCUCGACUACACGGUUCCCUUGACCAUUGCCACUCUCUAUGCUGUCACCAUCAAGAGUCUCAACGUUUACAACAAGUCCCGCAAUAAGAAGCCUUGGGCUAUCAGCAAGACCCGCCCUUUCUUCGCCUUUGUGGUCCUCCACAACAUCUUCCUGGCUGUCUACUCCGCCUGGACCUUCUGGGGUAUGGUCGGUACCAUGAGGAGGAGUAUUAUAAGUCCGAUGGGACCCGCUGGCUUUGUUGGAACGGUUGAUAGCUUCUGCCGUCUGCAUGGUAGCUCAGGCCCUGGCAACUCUAUCUACUACGACGAAACCUCGAGCUCUUUCCUCUCCGCUGUUGGGGGCGCUCCCAUUGUGGAUGGCAUUCCCAGCCGCACUGAGAUGGGCCGCAUGUGGAACGAGGGUCUGGCUUACUACGGCUGGAUCUUCUACCUCAGCAAGUUCUACGAGGUUCUUGAUACCUUCAUCAUCCUUGCCAAGGGCAAACUCAGCUCUACCCUCCAGACUUACCACCACGCCGGUGCUAUGCUCUCUAUGUGGGCCGGCAUGCGCUACAUGUCUGCUCCCAUCUGGAUGUUCGUCCUUGUCAACUCCUUCAUUCAUGCCUUGAUGUACUUCUACUAUACUUUGACUGCAUUCUCGGUCAGGGUUCCUACGCCCAUCAAGCGUACCCUCACCUCGAUGCAAAUUACCCAGUUCCUUGUUGGCGCCUCGAACGCCAUGGUUCACUCCUUCGUGGCUUACACGACCCCUGUUACCCUCACUCGCACCAACCCUGUCGCUGGAGGCGAGCCCGCUCCUCCCUCGGACUCCAUUAUUCCUACCGUUGCUGCCAAUGCAAUCGAGUCUCUGAAGAUGUACAUCUUUGGUGCUGCCGAGACCGCGAUUCCUGGUGCCCAGCCCGUCGCCGAGCCGUCCCACGUCGAGAUGAUGGCUUCUACUGAGACCCGAUACCUUACCCAGCCAUGCAUCGCUACUACUGGCGAGACCUUCGCUAUCUGGCUCAACGUGUUGUACUUGGCACCUCUGACUUACCUCUUCGUGAGCUUCUUCAUCGCCAGCUAUGUCAAGCGCAGCAACGCCGCUACUAAGAUCAGUGGCAAGAAGGCCCCGCCUAGCGUCAACGACAACGUCGCCCUUGCUGAGAAGGCUGGCUGGGACGCUGCCAAGGGAAUCGAGAAGGAGGUAUAUGGCGGAGAGAGCAUGAUCAACGGCUCGUCUGACGAGGCCUCCGCCGCGUCUACGCCGAAGAAGGCUAAUGGCAAGACCCGACGCAAGGCGUAG